AUGGGUGGCAUGCCUACUGGUUUCCUGUUCAUCAAGGUGCGUAAAACUGAGCUAUCAAUUGGACUGGCUGGAUAUUUAAAUCCCACGUCCCCAGCUCUCAGAACUUCGAAUGUCGCAAGUAAAUCAAGUCUCAAUACUGCAAAGUCUGUUACUAACGGCCACGACAGGAGGAAAUGUCGCAAAGACAGAAUGGAAACCUGUCACAGUGCCUCAUUUACCAAUAAGCAAUUGGUCCGCAUCUGCUGCUGGGAUGGCUCACGCACUUCUUUGGUCAUCUUCGUCGUGGCUGCGGCCCGGCACAAUGGAGACGAUCCGGACGAUGGCGACAUCUUGGGGAUGGUUAUGGUUCCGGUCAGCCCUGACAAGACGGGACAGAAGCCGCGUGGAGGUUCGCUGCUCACCUCGAAAAUGAUGUGCUUGCCCCGCAAACGGCACUUACAGAGUAUACUAGUAGCAAAGCAGGGGGGAAAUACAGAAUACAAAGCCGAAUUUCCGAGCGCCGAGCCAGGGCCGCCCUGUCCUCGCAGACACUUUCCACGUCUCCAUGGGAUCGACGAACGCCGGACUACAAACGAUAACGACUUGUAG